UUACCGCUGUAGCACUGUGAUAAACUUGGUCAUCUUUUAUGUUCAUUAAAUAAAAAUGAUGACACCGACGGGAAUCGUUCAGCCAGAAGAUGCAAAAUACAUAAAAAGGAGGGUCAAGUCCGGAGCGAUUGACGUUCACCCAUCAGAACCGGCACUUAUCGUCAACUAUGAGGUUGAAGCGAUAAUCCUCGGCGAAUCAGAAAACCCUGUCUUGAGCGAUAAAAAGGAAUGUCAGAAAAUAAUACGACUCAAAUGCCUGAACAAAAGUUCGGACUGUGCAAGAUUAGCAAGAGAAGUUGUCGCAAAGUGUUCUUUGAUCCAUCCUUCGAAAGUAGGUGAUGUCGAGCAUUUGAUCUAUUUCCUCCAGAGCCGGAAAGAAAAUGCUUUUACAGGUAACUUCUCUGAUGGUAUGAAUUCAUCAGCUUCGACCAAUGGUUAUGAGAGCCCAAGUGGUGGGGUGCCGAAUACCUCAGGUGAGAGAGCGACAUAUGCAAACCUUGAACAAUAUGUUGCCCUGCUUUAUGAGGAUCUAGCUGAUAAGAUCAAAGGCUCUGCAUAUAUUAUGCAAUUAAGUCUUGAAACUGAUAACCUUGAGGAACUUUCUCGAAGUGACCCUGUUCUCAGUGCAUUGGCUCGAGUUUUAAGAGAGGAUUACAAGAAAAGCAUUGAUCUGAGUAUUAAUAUUUUGUCAAUUUUCCAUUCCUUUUCUUGUUUCACCCAAUUCCAUUCAUUAAUACUACAGUACAAGAUUGGAUCACUAUCCAUUUCAAUAAUAGAAUAUGAACUUCCACUCUAUGCACAAUGGAAAAGUGAGAUACAGUUUCAAAGAGGGCGAGACACAGCACCUGUUUCAAGACUGCCUGUUCCCAAGAGUGCAAGACCUGGGGGUCAAACUCCGAGUGGCGACCGAAGGAGGUCGUCUACGCCGUCAGCUGUAGGAUGCCAGAGCGCCGACAGAAAAAGGCUUUCGUUAAUCCCAACCCCGAAGACUGCAUGUUCACAGAGAAGUCCAAGUACCCCAGAUGAAGAGUCGAUUCAAAAGAAAACGUUAAUGAUAGCAAAACAAGACCGACUUUUAAAAGUAAAUUUUAUGCUGCUUAUGAACAUUGCUGAAAAUUUGAAAGUAGAAGAUAAAAUAAGGAAGAGAAAUGUUGUUGCAAUGUUAGUUCAGUGCUUGGACAGGAAUUCUGUUCCUCUUCUUAUCACUGUUGCCAAAUUUUUAACAAAGCUCUCAAUUAGAGUUGAAAACAAGGAAGAAAUGGCAAAUUUAAAUGUUAUUGAAAAACUUCCAAAAUUGUUGCAAAUGAACAAUUAUGAAUUGGAACAAGCGACACUACAGCUUUUGUUCAAUUUGUCGUUUGACACUAAUUUAAGGGAUAAAAUGAUAAGAGUUGGCUUUCUACAAAAACUAGCAAGCCUUCUAAAUGAUGAACGCUACACAUCUGUUAUUCUCAAAAUAUUGUACCAUCUUAGUAUGGAGGAUAGAGUGAAAGCUAUGUUUACAUUCACAAAUUGUUUGCCGAAGCUCAUGAAAAUGUUGAUAUCAAUUGAUCGCAAUAGUGAAGAUUUUGUCAAUCUUGUUGCUUUGAGUACAAACGUUGCUCUGAAUCAAAGAUGUGCUGAAACUAUGUGCGAAAAUGGAAGUCUCGAGCAUUUGAAGCAAAGGGUGUUGGCUUAUCAAGAUUCCUUAUUGAUGAAAGUGCUUAGAAAUCUCUCGCUCCAUGAAUCUACUAAAGACGCCUUUUUGGCCUUUGCCGAGGAAUUGUUGCUUGUACUGCCUACAUGUGAAAAUGAAGAUUACCUUCUAGAGCUGACAGGCACUUUAGGGAAUUUGCCUUUAAGCGAACUCCCAAAUUUGUCACGUAUUGUCUCCAACAAUUCUUUCCUUCUCUGGAUCCAACAAGGACUGAAACCAGGGCCGCCUUAUGAGAAAAAAGUCAAAUUGUAUAUUUUUUCCGUCGGUGCGUGGUUAAAUUGUGUUAAUAGUUCAGGGCGUGAAGAUGAUUUUGUUCUUGAGUUAGUUAUGCUUAUUGGUUCGAUCGCUGCAGACGAAGCCUGUUCUGAUCUUCUGUGCAAUGCCAAUAUCAUUUCUGCCCUUAUUGAAUUAUUGAACAGGAAACAAGAGGACGAUGAAAUAGUCCUUCAAAUUAUAUACACUUUUUAUCAAGUUUCAAGACAUCCAAGAUCUCGUGCUUAUUUAAUGAAGAAAACAGAGGCCAUUGACUACUUAAUUGAUUUGAUGAAUGAUAAAAAUGUUAAUAUACGUAAAGUCUGUGACUCUUGCAUUGAUAUUAUCAAGGAAGAGGAUCCAGAUUAUGAAGAGAGAGUGAAAAUGGAAAAGUUCCAAGCACACAAUGCUCACUGGCUGGCAAUGGUUGAAAAUAAAGUGCUUGAAACAUCUUUGUCUUCUCUAUCGGAUUAUAGAGAGGCAAUGCCACAUUAUGACUUAAACCAGUCAUUAAUGUUGAACACAGGUUCUCAUGUUUCACUGGCGAAUGUUGAUGACAUUGAAAUAAUAUCGAAUAACCCACAUUCCGAUGAAGGGAGCAGACCUUUAAGCAGGUAUGAUAGUGAAGGUGAAGAUUUCUCAGAGUCAUUUUUGAUUGCAAAAAAGAAGCCGUUUAACAAUGAUGAUGCUGUCCGGAAUGCACUUCGGAAUCUAGUCAUAGCAGAUGAUACAUCUGACACUCAUCAAUUUUAUCAUAUCGAAACACCCAACACUCAAGUUUCAAUGAGCUAAAUUCACGAAAAGCUCAACUUAAAGUUGAGCCUUUAUUGCAAGCGUAGGUUUUUCUCAUUUGUUUUGAAAAUGAAAUAUAUUGUAUAUAUAAUUUUAUUUAUUCAAAUAUUAUUUCUUUGUACGAUAUUAUUAUUGUUAUUUUUUAGUUUGUAAUUACUGUCUAAAUUAUUUAUUUAAAUGUUUCACUUUAUUAGUAACAAGUUUGUUAUUGUUUUAUCAAGCUAGUCAAAAAAUAGACUGAAUAUAAAUAUUUUAAGUUUGUAUAGUGUUAAUUUAAGUUUUAUGUAAUUAUUGUUAAUCCACCGAAAAUUUAUGGUUUAAUGUUCUGUUCAUUCCAUUCAAUAUAUUUAUUGUGGAUAGUUUUAAGUCCAGUCUAGCUAGGCCUACUGUAAUAAAUAAAUAUAAUUCACAUAAAGUAUAAUUAAAAAUAAUAAUACUAACAUAAUGGGAUUUACCUAUAAUUACAAAAUAAAAUAAAUUUCAUUGUAAAGAGGUUACUGUAGGAAUUAUUCACUUAUUUUAUGUGUAAAGAAGUAUGAAAAGGUACAGAAUAGCAUAAUGAAUUUAAAGAGAGGCACAAAACAAAUACUUGUAAAUAUUAACACAUAUUAUGCAAAAUUUAAUUAUUUUCUGGUAGGUAAGAGGACAAUGUGUUUAUUAUCUCGAAUAUGGGAAUAUAUUAUAAAAACACAAGUGUAAUCUUUUUGCAAGUUCUAGCGCGCUUGUAGCUUAUUUCUUACUUAAUGAGUAAGACAAUACAAUACAAUAGGUGUUUAGUCUUUUUACUUUGUACGUUAUUAUUGGGCGAAUUUGUUUGUGUGCUGUAUAUAUUUAAUAUUUUUAUUUGCUUCAAGUCAACCAAAAACAUCACAUUUUGUAGCUUAAAAAAUGUAGCUUAAAAUCAUGUUAUGAACAAAUAAAAGUUAUUGGCAAUAGAA